AUGGAGGAGCAGAGUCUUAUUUCAUCUGAGCAAUGGCUUCAACUGCAUGGGCUUAAGAGCAAGAAGCUGAGCUUGAAGCAGAUCUUGUCCCAGAUUGGAUUCCCACAGUGUGAAGAUUAUGUGACUUCUCUGAGGAGACUCGUGACCUCUCGGUAUGCUGACGGCCUCUUCCCACAGUUCUACACGGCAGAAGACGGCAGGCUGUACAACCUGACAGCGAAGUCAGAGCUGAUCCACCGGUUUGUGGAGCAUUUAACACAGGCCGUGGAGAGCUAUAAGCAGCGGAUGGGCUGGCUUACCAGCAGGAGCCGGCAGAUUUUUGGUGUCAUCUUGGAACAGAGUGUCACCAUAGUCCUGGAUUUCAGUGACAUUUUGACGGAGGAGCUCAAUCUGUGCCAGGAUGCGCUGACAAUGGUCCUCCGGGAGCAGGUGGCUCUCAUCACCAAGUUCAACAUCAUCUGGGUUUCUGAAGAGCCAGUGAAAUGGCAGGAGUGUGCUACCUCUGUGACCGAAGACUCCAUAGCUGCCGCCAUCAGCUGGGUGGAGAAAAUGGCUUUUGAGCCAGUGGCUGUGGGAGAGGUUAACUGCCUGGAUGCUCUGCAGGAAGCUGGGAAAGAUGAAACUAUCGAAGCCAUUUACUACUUCGUGGUGGGGGAUGUUCCAGAGGAUUCCCAGGAGCUUCUUCUCCAGAGGGUUUUGGAGAUCCCGUAUCCAGUCUGCACAGUGUCCUUCAAUGCCAGAAGAGAAGAAACUGUAGCUUUCCUGAAAUAUCUGAGCGCCAAGACCUACAGCAGAUUCCACGCCUUUGCUGAGAGAACAGAGUGUCUAGAAUUCUCUGCACUUUCCACAGAGGAUGCUGACAGCUCUAUGACUUGGAAUUCAAGGAAACUGAAAGGGAGACUCCCUCCAGGUGCUGGUGUCAGAGAGGAUGUGUUUCUCAUUUGGAGAGAAAUGGAAGAAGCCUGCAACACACUGGCUCAGAUACAGAAUCUGGUGGACAAGUCUCCUCAGUCGGAUGUGGUCCCCGAAGGCUGCAGAGCAACGUCUGCUGAGAAUAAAGAAAACGUAGAAGACACCUGGGAUUCUCAGCAGUGGCUCCAGAAAUACGGCUUGAGGGCCCAGAAGCUGACUUUUUACGACGUUCUUACUGACUGCUCCUUUCGCCACGUUGACGGAGUCGUUGACAUAAGAGCCAAACCGGAAGACGAGUCUGUGCAGACCAGUGCGGACCCCAAUAGGAAGACAAUCCAUGCCAAAUACUGCAACAGAUUCAUCCACGUUCCCUGGAAGGAUGGGAGCUUGGUCCACGUCAACAUCACCAGGGAGAAGUGCAGAUGGUACAGUGAGAGAAUUCACACAGCCCUGGCCAGGAUCCAGAGGAGGAUUAAGUGGCUGCAAGAUGGGAGUCGAGUCAUCUUUGGAAAAGUGUGUGGAGAUUGCGUCUACCUCCUCAUUGAUACAUCUCACUCAAUGAAGAGCAAACUGGACCUGGUGAAGGAUAAGAUCAUCCGGCUCAUACGGGAACAGUUGAGAUACAAGCGUAAAUUCAAUUUUGUGGCGUUUGAUGGUCAGGCUACUGCUUGGCGGGAAAAACUUGCUGAAAUCAAUGAAGAUCAUUUGGAACAGGCUGAGUCGUGGAUUAGAGACAUUAAGGCUGGAAGUUCCACAAAUACCCUGAACGCCCUGAAAAUUGCUUUUGCCGACAAAGAAACAGAAACCAUCUACCUUUUGACGGAUGGGAGACCCGAUCAGCCACCAGAAAUGGUGAUGGACCAUGUCAAACUUUUCCAGAAUAUUCCCAUCUAUGCCAUCUCCUUUAAUUACAACGAUGAGGUUGCGAAUGAGUUCUUGAAGGAGCUGGCCUCUGUGACCGGAGGAGAGUUCCGCGCUUAUAAUUUUGGCUGCAAGGAUCUCAUCCCCCAGGAUAUUCAGGAUAAAGACAUGAGCCUUUUGAUCCAGGAGAUGCAACAGGGCUACAGCGACCUGGAGAAGAUUCAGGAGCUUUACUCCGAGUCCUUAGUCAUGGACCUGGUGGUACAAACGGAGAAAAGGGGGGAGGCCUCAAGUGAGCAUCAGAAGGAAAUCUGCUCCAUGGCUUCAACCCCAGAAAAUUGUGCAAACUCUAAUCGGAGCCAACUCAAUGGCUGUUUUAACCCCAAAAAGUGUUUAAAAGGACCAUGGAAGGUUUUGGAUGGAAAGAUGCAGAAAAAGAAACUCCUGCAUGCAGAAUCAACCAAAACCAGCCUACUCAGAAGCCACAUAGCCACCUCCAAGAGUUACACCAAGGACAGCUCCAACCCCAGCAGCUGCGUCACCGCUGCUCCGAGUGACAGAGAAAUGAGCAACCCGUGGGUGAGUAAGCACCUAGAUGACAAACUGUCUGAAAGACUCACCAGAAAUGGAAGCCACGUUACUGGCCACACCUCUGCAGACAUGUCCUCUAAAAACUGGCUCCAAACCCACAGCCUGGUGGCCAAGAAGCUCACCAUCAUGGAUGCCUUGGCUGGAACAGUAGUGCCCCACAAUGCCACCUAUGUCCCCAUCCUGAAUAAGCAUGUUGUCUCCAAGGUCUUCGGUGAGGUUUCCCCUCUGGCACAUGUGGGCAAUGACACCAAUAAGAUGAUAUUAAUUAACCCCCAAGGAGUCAAACUCAAUAUCUACAAGCAAAAUGUGGAACAGGCCAUUAAAUCCUACGAAAAACGCUUAAAUAAAAUCGUCUGGCAAGCACUGUCCCAAGAGGAAAAAGAGAAGUUGGAUGCCAUCAAGCCCCUACAGUACUUGGAAAACAAGGUAGUUUUAAACGAGGCCCUGGAGCGCCUGAAUUGGCCCAUUUCCUUGAAAGAGCUGUCGAUGCUGGAAAAUGAAAUCCUGGCUGGGAAAAUGUACAUCCAGCAGGCGAUGGAGCUGCAGGAGGCUGCCAGGAAGAACUGCGCGCACAAGACCCUGGAGGAGCAGCAGAAAUUACAAGGGUGUCCAACAAAGAAAACCAAAUCAAGGAAAGUAGAUCCCCUCAAAGGCCAUAAGGUCAUUGCCAGAUGUGAGGAGAAUGGCUUCUAUUUUCCAGGGGUUGUGAAGAAAUGUUUGAGCUCUACCCAUGCACUGGUAGACUUCAGAUACGGAGAAACUAAGGUGGUGUCCAUCUCCUUCAUCACACCAGUUGGGGGCGCCAUGCCCUGCCCGCAACUUCAGGUUGGGGAUUAUGUGUUUGCCAAAAUCAAGACAAGCAAAGGAUUUGACUUCUAUGUCCCCGCCAUCGUCAUAGCGCUUCCAAAUCGGGAUGUGGCUUCAGAGAAAUUCUACACAGUUUUAAAGUGUAACAACCGCAGAGAAUUUUGCCCUCGGAGUGCACUUAUAAAGAUCAGCCAAAACAAGUAUGCUCUCUCUUGCUCUCAUAUAAACGUGUCCCAGGUUGAGAAGAACCAAGCAGUGAAAGAAGUGGAGGCAAGAAAACCUUCCCCACUCUGGACAGUGAUUGAAGAAGACACUGGAAAUCUGAGACAGUCAAGACAAGAGAACCUUAAAAAAAAGAAAAAGAAGUCCACCAGGCGGUCACCUCUCCGGGAGAUGAUGUCCUCGGAUUCAGAUGGCUCUUCCCAUGGCACCAGGUCCCCAGAGUCUAACCCCAAAACCUUCCAUGAGCCCAGGGUGGGGGAUUGGGAGGCACCCUGA